ACCGCGCAUGCGCACCAACAUGUGACUGUGCACACUGGACUUUGCAGUGAAGCUAACAGCUAACAGCUAAAGACAAAUGAGAGACAGACGCUGUCUUCAUAGACCUUAUAUAAAGACGCAGCCAUGGACUCGGGACCAAGCGUCAGUUCUCUUCCAGUUACCGGGAUACUUAUAGCUGUGACAUCAAGUGUCAUCAAUGGGUCGACCUUUGUGCUGCAGAGAAAGGGGAUAUUACGCUCCCGGGACAGAGGGGGCUCCUACCUCACUGAUGCGCUGUGGUGGAGUGGAACACUGGCCAUGGUUGUUGGUCAGAUUGGGAAUUUCCUGGCAUACAACGCGGCCCCUGCUGUGAUAGUCACACCACUAGGAGCACUCGGAGUGUUGUUCGGGGCUGUGCUGGCUUCAUGGAUCUUGAAGGAGCAUUUGAACAUCCUGGGGAAACUUGGCUGUGUUUUGUGUUGCUGUGGCUCAGUCGUGCUCAUCAUUCAUGCACCUAAAUCCGAGGCUGUGACGUCGAGACUGGAGCUGGAGGAGAGGCUCUCAGAUCCAGUGUUUGUAACGUAUGCCCUCCUUGUGGUCCUGCUCCUGAUCACUCUGAUCACGUGGAUCGCUCCGGCUCACGGUUCAUCAAACAUCAUGGUGUAUGUCGCUAUAUGUUCCCUCCUGGGCAGCUUCACUGUUCCAUGCAGCAAAGGACUUGGUCUGGUGGCCCCAGACGUGUUUGGUGAAGGGCCUCUGAGCAGCAGAGCUCUGGCUCUCUUCCUGGGCUUGCUGGGGACGCUGGCUGUCAGCAUCCUCAUACAGUUCUUCUUCAUCAAUAAGGCCCUGGAGUGUUUCAGCUCCAACGUGUUCGAAGCCAUAUACUACGUGACGUUCACAUGCACUGUGAUUCUCGCCUCUGCUCUGCUCUUCAAAGAGUGGACUGCGCUAACUUUAACCGACAGCCUUGCAAUGCUUUGCGGUUUAACAACAGUGUGUGUCGGGGUCGUCUUACUACGCAUCUCCCAGGAGGCUUUGAUUACCUGGAGGAAGAGGGAGGCUCGAGAAAAGACGGACUGAUUGAGAGGUUUUCUACUUUACAUGACUGUAAAGAGUUUCUACUUAUUUUGUACCAUGUUAAUGACAGGUUCAUGACCAAAGCUUCAGCGUAUUUAAAACUAGUUUCUGUUAACAUUAUAACAUUGUGCAGGUCUUACAGUGUGAUCCUCAAUCAUCACAAACAGUAAAACACAUUCCUGAGUCUCCAGCUCAAACAUUGCCUGGGGACUAGUUAAUUUGUCAGACACAAAUAGUUCUACAAACUAUUCUGUUUAUUUAUAUAUACAGUCUCAGUGUAGGAUCACAGACACUUUGACUUCUUCAGUCUGACUUCUGAAGUGGUCUCUUUAGAGUUGUAUACAACAUGAGGAUCAACAUUUAGUGUUUUGUCAAAUGGAUGAUUUGUAAAGUGUAUUUACAAAUGUGAACUACUGCUCUGUGACCAAGUAUUGUUUUAUAGAGAUUUUAAAAAGUGGCUACAAGUGUAAUUUAUACAGGAGUCAGAAAUGGUUGAAUGGUGACGCUUUGUGACUUAAGCAGCUAACUGUCCUUACAUGGGGCCUUGUUUUGAUAAUUGUUUGGUUAAAUUUGUUUUAUUUUAAAGGAAUAAAACUAAAUCAAUCACUAGUUGCAUGUCAGUAUUUUUUAUAAAAUAUAUAGUUUUUUUCUGUCCUCAUGCAAUGUUUGCUUGAAUCUUUAAUACACUCAGGUUCCUGCUGUAAGAAACAGACAUAAAUACCUUAAUGUACUUUCCAUCAUUCCUCUCCACAGAUGUUAGGGCUGCCACCUUUUUUAUAAAUCUUAGUUAAUCUGCUGUUUUUUCCCCAUUAAUCAAUUUGUCUAUAACUCUUCAUCUGUGUUUUCUUGAACCAAAAGACUACAUCACAUUUAAUUUGCAAAAAUAAAGUCUU